CUGCGGGCUCCUCCUCGGCGGCGGCGCUGGCGGCGGCGGCGCUAGGGGCGGAGGGGCGCCCGGCCGCGGAGCAGCGGCAGCAGCGGCGGCGACCGCCCACCCGAGCGGGGUCCAGUCCGGCGUGGCGAGCGUUGGCGGCGGCUGCGUCCGCCAUGGACUGAGGGCGACGGGAUGGGCAACAAGGAGUCCCGCAUCGGCUUCCUCACCUACGACGAGGCCCUGCGGAGGGUUACGGAUAUAGAGCUGAAGCGGCUGAAAGAUGCUUUCAAGAGGACCUGCGGACUCUCGUGCUACAUGAGCCAGCAGUGCUUCAUUAGGGAAGUGCUCGGGGACGGAGUCCCUCCGAAGGUGGCAGAGGUCAUAUACUGUUCUUUUGGCGGCACAUCCAAAGGACUACAUUUCAAUAACCUGAUAGUGGGCUUGGUCCUUCUGACAAGAGGGCGAGAUGAAGAGAAGGCAAAAUACAUCUUUAGCCUCUUCGCUAACGAAUCUGGAAGCCAUGUUGUCCGUGAAGAGAUGGAGAGGAUGCUCCAGGUGGUUGAUGGGAAAGUCCCGGAAGCUCUUAAGAAAUGCUUCUCAGAGGGUGAAAAGGUAAACUAUGACAAAUUCAGGAAUUGGCUGUUGCACAACAAAGAAGCCUUCACAUUUUCCCGCUGGCUGCUGUCUGGAGGAGUGUAUGUGACCCUCACGGAUGACAGUGAUACCCCCACCUUUUAUCAAACCCUUGCUGGAGUCACACACUUGGAAGAAUCGGAUAUCAUUGAUCUUGAGAAACGAUAUUGGCUCCUGAAAGCUCAGUCAAGGACGGGACGCUUUGAUCUGGAAACGUUUGGCCCUUUGGUUUCUCCUCCCAUCCAUCCAACUCUGGGCGAAGGUCUGUUCAAUGCCUUUGAUGAAAACCGUGACAACCACAUAGACUUCAAAGAAAUCUCCUGUGGGCUGUCGGCCUGCUGCAGGGGACCGCUGGCAGAAAGGCAAAAAUUUUGCUUCAAGGUUUUCGAUGUUGAUCGUGACGGGGUUUUAUCUCGUGUUGAGCUUGAGGAAAUGAUGGUUGCCCUUUUGGAAGUCUGGAAGGAUAACCGUACAGAUGACAUUUCUGAGCUGCACAUGAGUCCGCCUGACAUUGUAGAGAGUGUCUUGAAGACUCAUGACACCACCAAGCUUGGCCACCUCACGCUGGAGGAUUAUCAGAUCUGGAGUGUGAAGAGUGCUCUUGCCAACGAAUUUUUAAAUCUGCUUUUUCAGGUGUGUCAUAUAGUUUUAGGAUUAAGGCCAGCCACUCCAGAAGAGGAAGGUCAGAUAAUUAGGGGCUGGUUAGAAAGAGAGAGCCGGUACGGUCUCCAGCCAGGACACAAUUGGUUUCUUAUUGCGUCACAGUGGUGGCAGCAGUGGAAGGAAUAUGUCAAAUAUGAAGCAAACUCUGUUGCGCUAGCACCAUCAUCAGUCGUAAAUGGAGGUAAGAAUUUGCUCCUGGCUCCCGCAUCCCAUACGCCAGAGCAGGGAGAAGACAAAACAGGCAGUUUAAAUCACUUCAGAGCUGCAGAAGAAAAGUUUUCAGAUAACAUUUCCACUGCAUCAGACGUCUCAGAGACCACUAGCAGCAGCUUCAUUUAUGGAUCCACAUCAGGCACUGAAAUAUGUUUUCCUCGGCAACUUAACACUUCAGACAAUAACAAUCAGUGCCUGCUUGGCUCCAGUGGGAAUAUGUUAGGCCAAUUAAAUCCCCAGCCGCCUGGAGCUAUCGAUAACCAACCUCUUGUAACUCAAGAACCAAUGAAGGCUCCAUCGUUAACUUUGGAAGGAGGUCGACUACGGCAGUCCCCCCCGUUAAUUCAAGGGAAGCAUUAUGAAAUUGUCCCGGAGCCAGUCUGGAGGGCUCUUUACAACUGGUACACCGCAAACCUGUCUUUACCAAGACCGGUGAUCCGAAACAGCAUGACGCACCGGCCUGAGUUGGAGCUUUCCCCCCGCUACCUGCUCUUCCUUCGGCAGCAGCCUGCCACCCGGACGCAGCAGUCGAACAUCUGGGUGAACCUGGGUAUGAUGAGCCUGAGGAUGUUUCCUCACCAUUUGCCGAGAGGGAACGUGCCCUCUCCCAACGCGCCGUUGAAGAGAGUCUUGGCCUACACAGGCUGCUUCAGCCGCAUGCAGACCAUUAAGGAGAUCCACGAGUACCUGUCACAGAGGUUGCGGAUAAAGGAGGAGGACAUGCGCUUGUGGCUGUACAACAGCGAGAACUAUCUUACUCUUCUGGAUGAUGAAGACCACAUGUUGGAGUACCUGAACAUACAAGAUGAGCAGCACUUAAUAAUAGAAGUCCGAAACAAAGACAUGAGCUGGCCAGAAGAGAUGUCCUUUAUAGCAAACAGCAGUAAAAUUGACCGGCAUAAAGUUCCUACCGAAAAGGGUGCCACCGGCUUGAGCAACCUCGGUAACACCUGUUUCAUGAACUCCAGCAUCCAGUGCGUCAGCAACACACAGCCCCUCACACGGUAUUUCAUCUCAGGCAGACACCUCUAUGAGCUAAACAGGACUAACCCAAUAGGUAUGAAGGGGCAUAUGGCCAAGUGCUACGGGGAUUUGAUUCAAGAGCUAUGGAGUGGAACUCAAAAGAACAUCGCUCCCUUGAAAUUGCGGUGGACGAUUGCUAAAUAUGCACCCAGGUUUAAUGGCUUCCAACAGCAAGACUCCCAAGAGCUCCUGGCUUUUCUCUUGGAUGGCCUUCAUGAGGAUCUGAACAGGGUUCACGAUAAGCCAUAUGUAGAACUGAAAGACAGCGAUGGACGGCCAGAUUGGGAAGUGGCAGCAGAGGCCUGGGAAAAUCAUCUUCGGAGGAACCGCUCCAUUGUGGUGGACUUGUUCCAUGGGCAGCUUCGUUCUCAAGUGAAGUGCAAGACCUGUGGGCACGUCAGCGUCCGCUUUGACCCUUUUAAUUUUUUAUCGUUGCCCCUCCCGAUGGACAGCUACAUGCACUUAGAGAUUACAGUGAUUAAGUUAGAUGGUACCACUCCCGUUCGAUAUGGGCUGAGGCUGAACAUGGAUGAAAAGUACACUGGCUUGAAAAAACAGUUGAGUGACCUUUGCGGGCUGAAGCCGGAGCAGAUCCUCCUUGCAGAAGUUCUCAAUUCAAACAUCAAGAACUUUCCUCAAGACAACCAGAAGGUUCGCUCGGGGAGUGGCUUAUGUGCAUUCGAGAUACCGAUCCCUGGAUCCCCUACAUCAGCUUCUCCUAGUCCAGUGCAAACAGGCUUAGAUUUCUGCAACGGGCCAGCGGCUAAUGGUAUGAUCAGCAUGCUGAUGAUGAACGGUGACCUUCCCCGGCCCACCCUGAUCCCGAAUGGGAUACCGAACACAGUAGUGCCAUGCAGGACAGAGAACGGCCUCUCCAACGGGAUGGUGAACGGUCACGGGCCCUCUCCUUCAGACAGCCCCUUCAUUGGCUACAUAAUUGCCAUCCACAGAAAGAUGAUGCGGACAGAACUGUACUUCCUUUCGUCCCAGAAGAAUCGGCCCAGCCUCUUCGGAAUGCCUCUGAUCGUUCCGUGCACUGUGCAUACGCGGAAGAAAGACUUGUAUGAUGCAGUCUGGAUCCAGGUCUCUCGCCUUGCAAGCCCCCUACCUCCCCAGGAAGCCAGCAACCAUGCUCAGGACUGUGAUGACAGCAUGGGGUACCAAUACCCGUUCACGCUACGACUGGUUCAGAAGGAUGGCAACUCGUGUGCCUGGUGUCCGUGGUACAGGUUUUGCCGUGGCUGUAAAAUUGACUGCACGGAAGAGGGAGCUUACCUUGGCAAUGCGUACAUUGCUGUUGACUGGGACCCCACAGCGCUACAUCUCCGCUACCAGACAUCACAGGAGCGGAUCGCGGAGGAGCACAGGAGUGUGGAGCAAAGCCAGCGGGGCCAGGCUGAGCCCAUCAACCUGGACAGUUGCUUACGGGCGUUCACCAGUGAGGAGGAGUUGGGCGAGGACGAAAUGUACUACUGCUCCAAGUGCAAGACUCACUGCCUAGCGACGAAGAAGCUGGACCUCUGGAGGCUUCCCCCUAUCCUGAUAAUCCACUUGAAACGCUUCCAGUUUGUCAACGGUCGCUGGAUAAAAUCCCAGAAAAUCGUCAAGUUUCCCCGCGAGAAUUUUGACCCGAGUGCCUUUCUGGUGCCAAGAGAUCCCAGCUGCUGGUGGCAGAAGGCGCUGACCCCCCCAGCCGAAGAUCUUUCCUUGCCACAGACCCUGCAGGAGGAAUGUCGGCGGGCAGAGACACAGAACAGCGGCGUGGCUGGGGAGGGCGAUGCUCUGACCCGGAGUCCCUCCUCCCUCAAUGCUUCCAACAUCUUAAACAACAUCAAAGCCUCUCCAUCUCCCGGGAGGAAGAGCACGGCAGGCUGCGCAUCGAGCAAAAUCAUUAGCCCGACUGGUAGCCCGAGGACUUUGGGGAGAGGCAAGGGGCGGCUUCGGCUUCCUCAGCUGUACAAAAACAAACUGUCAAGUAGCAAAGAGAACUUGGACGUUGGGCGUGAGAAUGGCAGCGACCCCGAUCAGAAGUUCCCUCCUGACCAAGGAGAGAGCCUGGGCCAGGGACACACUUUGGGAGGCAGCCAGAGCGAACUCUUUUCUGCUCAGGAUAAUGAAGGGACUUUAGCCAACGGCUACCUUUGCGCACAGAACUCGCACAGCAACGGCAGCCUCAACGGUCAGCUGGAAACCUGCGGGGAAGAGGAGAUUGGGGACGACCAAAGAGAAGUCUGUAAUAACCCCAUCUACAACCUAUAUGCAAUUUCGUGCCAUUCAGGAAUUAUGGGAGGAGGUCACUACGUCACUUAUGCCAAAAACCCAAAUGACAAGUGGUACUGUUACAACGACAGCAGUUGUAAGGAGUUGCAUCCCGAUGAAAUUGACACGGACUCCGCCUACAUCCUUUUCUACGAGCAGCAGGGCGUGGACUAUGCACAGUUUCUGCCAAAGAUCGAUGGCAAGAACAUGGCAGACACAAGCAGUAUGGACGAGGACUUUGAGUCGGACUACAAGAAGUACUGUAUUCUGCAGUGAGCAAGAAGGGGACCUUCCCGAGGGCGUUGGCUCCAUCCGCGCCUUUUGGCGGAAACCGGUUUGGGCCGAGCGGAAGAGCUAAAUGUAGUUUUUAUUUUUUUAUUUUCCCUCUUGUGAUCUGAAAGCACAACUAAAGAGAGAGAGAGAAGCAAAAGAAACCCUAAUUAAAUAGCAGUUCGUAUCAUGAGAUAGCAUUGGUUUUGUUCAGAUCUCUCGCUGCAUGCCCCAAAACAUUUGUUGGAUUUUUUUUUUCAGUUUGCCUUUGGCCUUUAAGCUGGUUUGAUGUUAUCAAACUAGGACCAAAUUCGUUAAAUUUUAAAUAACUUCAAAGAAGAGCUUACCCAUGGGAACAUCACAAGUUUUUUAAAAACGAAUUACGCUUAAAAAAGGGAAAAUAAAACCUUUUUAAGGCUCCGUUUAGCUUCAAGACAAUUAACUUGUAGUGUUGUCUGCCGACAGCAUGAAAUGGCUACCUCCUUUUUCUGAAGUUUUAUUCCAUUUUUGCAGCCAGAAGGGAAAGGCAAAGUUAGGCAAUGUGCACAAAAGCUCUAGGUGGGCUGACAAUUUUUUCCCUUUGCGGUUUUCCACCCCUCUUGGCCACCUUCCCACUUCCUUUCUCUUGUGGUAGUUGACAGCCUGUUACUGUCUGUGAACAGACUUGCUUUCUGGUGAAUGUUCUUGACAUCUUGGCUGUGCAGCACAUCUUUAGGAGCAGCCAGAGGGAUCUUUUUUCUCACCUCAGCUGCUGGGGAAUCUCGGAGUUCUGCAGGGAGGGGAGGGAAGAAGAGAAUGAUGAUCUGCAUUCAUAAUCUGAAGCCCCAAGAGAAAGAGAGGGGGAGGUCACCAGUGUGUAAUGGCAUGGUUAUAAUGAAGGAUUUUCCUGUUCACUUUAGUUUUAGGCUGCAUGCAGCCAAGCAUUCCCUGAUAUCUCCACGAGACCUUUCCCCUUAAAGGGGCUAGCAGCAUCCCCUCCAUAUUAAAUUCCUAUGCCAAGACACAGAAGCUGUUUGCUUUCGAAGCUGAUGCCCGCGUCGUGCCGGUGGGGUGAUGUGUAGCCACAGUUCAGAGACUGGGAGAUGGGAUCCCAUUUUACCUUCUCCCCAGUUACUCCCCCUUCAGCUGAACCACUCGGACCCUCUUUUUAAAGCUUAGUGGAGAGGGGGAGCCCAACUUGGUGCCGGUGCAACAUUUUAUUGUACACACUCGACUGCUGGACUGUAGCUAAGAGGUGGCUCACGCUGCAUCCGUGUAAGCCUUAAGAAGCAGGAAAAUACCCCAGAUUUGAGUUCACCUUUUAAGACCUUUUUUUUUUUUAAAUGCACUUUUAAAAUAAUAAAAGGAAAAGAGAACCCUCGGCUUAAGCAUAGUUUGCUAAUGUAAAAGGUUUUUUUUAAAAGAAUUGGUGCGAAGAUCAUUUCCAGUUUAAGGGGUAAGAAAUUUUGUCAGGCCAUGCGAUUCAAUCUGACAAUGAAAUGGGUCACUCAUUGUUCCGGAGGAGAAGGGGGGACACUUUUUACUGUAAAGUAACAUUGUGCAUUAACUUGCAAAGAAACAAUUAAUGUUUAGCAACCAUCUUUGUUGUUCAAAUAAAUGUAUGGCCAUUUCCUUGGGAACUCGCUUGGAGAAGUAAAUGAAGAAGAGAUUAGGCUAAAGUUCCUAAUUAGAACGAGCCAUACAGAGGGUAUUCCUUCUAGUUGCUGCCCACCCACCCCCCAAGUCCAUGGAGAGCAAGUUCUGAAAUAACAUUUGGGAGAGUUUCCCCAGGCGCCUGUUUGGAAACUUUAAAGACUUGAUCCCUUAAUUGUUUACUCCAUAUUCCCCUAUACUUUUAAAACAUGCUUUCAGAAGCAGGUUAUUGAAUAGGAUUACUCCUAAGCAAGUGGUUAGGGCGGGAUUAUCACUUCUUACUUUGUGGAGUACCUGAGUGAGGGAUAGCAGGGCUGGAAACUUUUGAAAACUGGAACACAACGUCUGAGUUCUCACUGAGGUGACUAAUCUUGCCUCGACGGGCCCCCAUCAGACCACAGGAGGGAAGCGCAAAUGCCGAAAUGUUUCUCCGUGCAAAACCACAGUUCUUUCCUACAGAAAACUUUUACAUCAGAGAAGGCUCGGCUUUGUUGCUGGCCUGCACGUUCUUUCAUGUGGUAGGAGUGUUUUGGACUAUUCAGCUCCGUGAGCAGCCUGAAGUGGUUCAGACCAGGCACAGGUUAACCAUCUUGUUGAGGAUCAAGUCAAAGUAACAUUUUUUUAAAGUACUUGGGAGGGGUGUGUGUGCGUGUGUGUUGUGCACACUUCCUUCCAAAACAAAAGCAUUGAGCUGCUCUGCGCUGAGGCCAAGGGGUUUGCUGUCCAACCUUCUUGUUGGCUGAGUUUCGGUAGAGUUUCCACAUUUUUCUUUAGGAAGUUCAUUUCUUCUUCACACAUCAAGUUCAUUUUAACUGCUGUUCCUUGAUGAACUGCCUGGGAUGGAUAUCUGCUGGUAUCUGCCUGCUCUUUUCAGACAUCAGGUGUAUUGAGGUCUGCAAUGUCUUGUACAUCCCUGAAUUUUUUGGCAGUGCUUAGGCAGUUUUAUAUAUGUAUUUUUUAAAAAACCACUAAUUAUAAGCCUCUGUUUUUAAGCUCUUGGUUCAGACACUGAGGAAUCUGGUACAAGUUUGCACCCUGUUUCUCUGAUGCAAAAGUAAUACAGUGUGUGGUUAGGGACUUCAUGUGGUGACCCUACCUACAACGGCAUGAUUCGUGUGCCUCUUUACCCCAAAGUAAGGGUGGGUAUUUGACAAAUACACCUGGCCCUUCUAAGUCUGCUAGAGACAUUCUUUCCUCUGGCCCUGUCCAGUGUUACCUUACGUGUGCAGGGGAGGUUUGGGGAUGCUCCUCGCUCUUCUACCCCAUUUGUGGAACCGAUGCCUGGAUAACUGUCUGAGCCAGCCUUGGAAGUGAUACUGUGUCUGCUCCUUUCAGGAACUAAAUUGGGCUCUCAUGCAGGCACCAACCUCUGUCUGUCCCUGUCUUUUUUUAAAUGGAUGCCACCCCCUCAGCCAGGUACUUUCUAACAUCAUUUGUACAUUUAGUCAAAUUGUUGAAUCUAUUGGUGCAACCCUUUCUGGUUUCGUUGCCACUUGGGCAGGAGCUCUCCCAGUGGGAGGAAAUAGUUCUCAAAUUGGUUUGAUCCCCAAGUUACUGGCCUCUUCCUGACAGCUAUUGGGUUAGAGAAAAGCCUGCCAUUUUUAUUAUUUUUCUUUAAUGGUGGGAUUUCUCGAUGCAAGGUGAUGCUGAGACUCCUGCUAUUUCCAUCCCUUUGUGAAUUCCUCUUCCAGAUACGUUCUUCCGAUUUCAUUUCCUUUUGAAACAUAUUCCCCCCCCUUUUUUUGUUUUGUUUAAGCAGGUCGCAUGACUUACUAAUGUCAUUUUAAUCUGUCAUGCUUUUGUUACAUUGGCUGUAAUGUUUUUUAAAUUAAAUUAAUUCCUAAAUUAGCGGGAAAAUUUAUUAAGUUAACUAUUAACCACAUUCACUUUGUAAAUUAUUGUAUAAAACUUAUUGAUAAUGCACUGAAUUUAGAAAGACGAUGUACAUAAGUAUCAUGUAAAUAAAUGAAAAGCUUAAGUAUUAAUGUAUGGACUGUAUAAAAGAGAGAGUACAAGUCAGCUGUCUAUGGAGUGAACCCGUUUAUCUGUACCUAUAUUAUUCAAGCAAAUUAAACACUGUGGAUGCA